AUGAACAACACCACAGGAGUCACCCAGGUGAUGUUUCAGAGACCUGUCAAAGUUCUGCUGUCGAUGCUGCCAUGUCUUCUCUUCUUGUACAUCAACGGCAUCAUGCUGUUUGCCUUGCUGAGGAAGCCUCUCCUCCUGGAGUCCUCUCGUUACAUCCUGUUUGGUCAUUUGCUCCUCACUGACUCUCUGCAGCUUCUGGUGUCUAUGCUGCUGUACAUCUUUGCCGUGACCAUGGUCAGAAUGAUCAGCCACGUUUGUAUUGUUGUCACACUGUUUGCAACCGUCACUGUUAAAAUGUCACCGCUCAACCUGGCUGUGAUGUCUUUGGAGAGGUAUGUCGCCAUAUGUUUCCCACUGAGGCAUGCUGAUAUCGCCACCGCCAGGAAGGCGGGGGUGGCCGUCGCUGUGAUGUGGAUGCUGGCCUCUUUAGACUCGUUCACCCAGCUUUUCCUGUUUGUCAGUCUGGAGAACACAAGCUUCACUUUGCCAACGUUCUGCCACAUAACCAGUGUGCUGCGGCUACAAAUUUAUUCAACUUUAAACAAGGCCUACACCACUGUGUAUUUUGUUAUAGUGAGCAUGAUUAUCAUCUAUACAUAUAUUGCUAUCAUGAUUACAGUGAAGUCAGCCUCCUCUGAUGUCCGUAACACCACUAAGGCCCAUAAGACGGUGCUGCUGCAUCUGCUUCAGUUAUGCCUGUGUCUCACCUCCACUCUCUUUAAUAUGAUAAACAGCAGCAGCACAUGGAACAUAAAUCCUGCUCUGGCCAUUCACAUCCAGUAUACCCUCUUUGUAGGUCUUAUCAUUUUCCCCAAAUGUUUGAGCCCACUCAUAUAUGGCCUCAGAGACCAGACCCUCAAACAUGCCUUUAAAUACUAUUUCACCUUUGGCUUCACAGCCACUGUUAAGCAAUUUCCUAAGUCUUGA